GGGGUCCCAGGAGAGACAGCGUCACCCUUGCCCUCUCUCUCUCCUCUGAAGGUCCUCGGGGACUCUGUUCAUUCACUCAACAAGUAUUUCCAGAGCUCCCAGCCAGGGCUGGGCAUGGCUUCUCUGCGCUGGUGCUUCACCCAGCGGGUGGCAUCUUAUUCUGGAGUGGGAGCCAUUGCCGCCUUCGCCAUGGCCAUUCUGAGCAUAGCCAUCUUGCUCCUGCUUCUGGCCCUCACCUGUCUGAUCCUGACCCUCAACUCGAGGGGCAAGGGCCGGAUGCCCCCAGGACCCAGACCCCUCCCAGUCCUGGGAAAUCUGCUGCAGCUUCGCAACCAAGACAUGCUGACCUCCCUCACCAAGCUGAGCGAGGAGUAUGGCUCGGUUUACACCGUGCACCUGGGGCCCAGGCGGGUGGUGGUCCUCAGCGGGUACCAAGCCGUGAAGGAAGCCCUCGUGGACCAGGGAGAGGAGUUCAGUGGCCGCGGCAACUACCCUGUGUUUUUCAACUUCACUAAGGGCAACGGCAUUGCCUUCUCCAAUGGGGACCGGUGGAAGGCCUUGAGGAGGUUUUCCGUCCAGAUUCUGCGGAACUUCGGCAUGGGGAAGAGAAGCAUCGAGGAGCGGAUUCUGGAAGAAGGCAAAUUCCUGCUGGCGGAGCUGCGAAAAAUGGAAGGCGAGCCCUUCGACCCCACGUUUGUGCUGAGCCGCUCCGUCUCCAACAUUAUCUGCUCCGUGAUCUUUGGCAGCCGCUUCGACUACGACGACGAGCGUCUGCUCACCAUUGUCAGCCUCAUCAAUGCCAACUUCCAAAUCAUGAGCAGCCCCUGGGGCGAGAUGUACAACAUCUUCCCGAGCCUCCUGGAUUGGGUGCCUGGGCCGCACAAGCGCCUCUUCCAGAACUUCGGGCGCAUGAAGGACCUCAUCGCCUGCAGCGUCCGCGACCACCAGGCCUCUCUCGACCCCACCUCUCCGCGAGACUUCAUCGAUUGCUUCCUCACCAAGAUGGCACAGGAGAAGCAGGACCCUCUGAGCCACUUCUACAUGGAUACCCUGCUGAUGACCACGCAUAAUCUGCUUUUCGGCGGCACCGAGACCGUGGGCACGACCCUGCGCCACGCUUUCCUUGCACUCAUGAAGUACCCAAAAGUGCAAGUUCGCGUCCAGGAGGAGAUCGACCGCGUGGUGGGGCGCACGCGGCUGCCCGCGCUGGAGGACCGGCUGGCCAUGCCCUACGCAGAUGCCGUGAUCCACGAGGUGCAGCGCUUCGCGAACGUCAUCCCCUUGAACUUGCCGCACCGUGUCAUUCGGGACACGGCCUACCGCGGUUUCCUGCUACCCAAGGGCACAGACAUCAUCACUCUUCUCAACACCGUCCACUAUGAUCCCAGCCAGUUCCUGACACCCCAGGAAUUCAACCCAGAACAUUUUCUGGAUGCCAAUAAGUCCUUCAAGAAGAGCCCUGCCUUCAUGCCCUUCUCAGCCGGGCGCCGACUGUGCCUGGGCGAGUCGCUGGCGCGCAUGGAGCUCUUCCUCUACCUCACCACCAUCCUGCAGAGCUUCUCGCUGCAGCCGCUCGUGGCGCCCGAGGACAUCGACCUGACCCCGCUCAGCUCAGGGCUCGGCAACCUGCCGCGGCCCUUCCAGCUGUGCGUGCGCGCGCGCUGACGCCCCGGGCUGCCGGGCCCUUCCAGAUUCGUCUGCGUGCGCGAUGAAGCCCGCCCCUAGGGGUGGCUCCGUCGCUCUCCUGGUUGCACGGUCUGCAUCUCCCUCUCGCUGUCACACUCUUCCCUGCACCAUCUGCCUUCCACGUGUCCAUCCUUAACCUCUCCCAUCUUUAUCCCGUCUGCACCCUCGGAAGCAAAGACGGGGAAGGGGAGUUAUGCCUUGUUUUACCCAGAGAACCUGUUCUACAACGCGCCCUGUUACUGGCCUUUUUGUAUCAUUUCCUAGUAAAUUAUCUUUAUAAUAGA